UUUUUUUUUUUUUUGGAGGAGAAUAAAAAGUUUUAGUAUGAGUUUCAGCUUGCACAGCUGCCGUGAUUCAUUUGAUUGCGAUAGUUAAUUCCGUGAAAGGAAUUAGGAUCUUAUAAAAACCGCACUACGAUUCGCUGAGUUUAUUCGAGAAUAUAUGUGUAUAUAUGCGAUAAUAUGUGUUUUAUUUUAAUUGACGGGACACGUUAUUGAACAGAUUCAUGCAUACGUGGUAAUCUAAAACAAGACGGAGAAACUGUCGUUGGAGAUCAUUCUAUAAUUUCCAAAAAAAAAAAAAAUCUAAUUAACUGUACUGAAAAAAGACGAGCAGAAACACUGAAGCCAAGUUCUGAAAGAUGUCUGGUCCCACCUGGCUGCCUCCGAGGACUCUGGGUAGUCCUGAACGGUCAGGUGUCUCUGUCUCCGCCUCUGGCCCCCCCGCCUACAAACCGCCCAAGAAGGUCGCCAUGGCAACCACAACCAAGUACGGGGCCUACGACCAGAACGGGGGACCUGGCGUUGGCGUGGCAACCAGAUACCAGGCCACAGGGCCUACAGGUGGAAUGCCGUCGCCACACGUCCAUGCAGAGGAUUCUGGGACAGGUGGGUUCCUCUCCCCCAUGUCGGGGGAUCCCUACUACCCAUCACCCCCUGCAGCGAAGGAGGAGAAGGCCUCUUGGAACCACCCUGUGACUUUUGACCUUCAGGCGCCCGGAUCCCACCCCUCCAACAUCGACGCGGAGAUCGACUCUCUGACCAGCAUGCUAGCGGACAUGGAGAGCACCCCCCCGUACCCCCGUACCCCACGGGCACAGCCAGCUGACCGCUACAAACCCACAGCGCCACCUGGUGGGCAGCCCCAACCAGCCCCCAGCUACCACCACCCCCCCCAAAACCAACAAGCCCUCUCCCAACACCAACCCCACUACGCCACCGCGCCCGUGACCUCCUACACCCCCUCUCCCAGCGCCCAGCCCUACACCCCCUCUCCCAGCGCCCAGCCCUACACCCCCUCCCCUGCCCAGAAGAGUUACUCCUACCCUUCCCAGAGCUCCAAGCCCUACCCCCAGCCGGUGCCAGCCUCCUACACCACAGCCUCCACUCCCCCCGGCCCCAGGUUCAGCGUCCAGGUCCAAACGGCCCAGCCAGUCAGGAGCUAUUCCCAAACGGGACGGCCAGCAGAGCAAGCCUACGCCCCGCCUUCGCCCCGGCAGCACCCCGAACCCCCCUACAGAGAGCGAGCCCCCUAUCCUGACUCGGGACAGGGUUGGUACCCAGCUCCUCAGCUACCCUCGGAGGCUGCCAGCUCCCUGCCGGACGGUUCCAAUCGAGGGUAUCAGGGUUUUGCUGCUGCCCCUCCGGGACCCAGACCCUACCAGCCCAGCGCUGCGGGGCCAAAGAGGGGCCAGGAGGCCGUCCCGCCAGCAGCUGCCCCCCAGAUUGCGGGGUAUCCCCGAAACCAGGGUCCAGUCAACCGGCCGGAGGACGAGCUUGACCGGCUGACCAAGAAACUGGUGUACGACAUGAACCACCCCCCUACUGACCAGUACUUCGGACGCUGUGCGCGCUGCGGGGACAAUGUCCUAGGGGACGGGACGGGUUGCAUCGCUAUGGACCAGGUGUUCCAUGUGGAGUGUUUCACCUGCAUCACCUGCCAGUGCCGUCUGAGAGGACAGCCUUUCUAUGCCAUCGAGAAGAAAUCCUACUGCGAGAACUGCUACAUUAGCACUCUGGAGCGGUGUUCGAAGUGCUCCCAGCCCAUCCUGGACCGGAUCCUGCGAGCGAUGGGGAAGGCCUACCACCCUCACUGCUUCACCUGCGUGGUGUGCAGCCGCUGCCUGGACGGAGUGCCUUUCACUGUGGACGCCACGUCCCAGAUCCACUGCAUCGAGGACUUCCACAGGAAGUUCGCCCCGCGGUGCUCGGUGUGUGGUAAAGCCAUCAUGCCGGAGCGUGGGCAGGAGGAGACGGUGAGGAUCGUGGCGCUGGAUCGCAGCUUCCACGUCAACUGCUACAUGUGUGAGGACUGCGGCUCGCUGCUGUCUUCGGAGGGAGAGGGGCGUGGCUGUUACCCUCUCGAUGGACACAUCCUGUGCAAGGGGUGCAGCGCCCGGAGAAUCCAGGACUUGUCUGCCAAAAUAUCCACUGACUGCUAAUGGCACCCGGCACCCUGCACCCUGCACCCUGCACCCAGCACCCUGCACCCUGCACCCUGCACCCUGCACCCUGCACCCUGCACCCAGCACCCACUUCUAACAGGGCUAGUGUGAGUUUGUAACCCUGCUCAAACUCCUGGCUCCUGAUCAUUUCAAUAUUAAUAAUAAUAACAGACUUCAUUGAGGGGAGCUCUGAACCCCCAGGACUGGGUGCAGCAGCAGCAGCAGCAGCAGCAGGGCUAGUGUGAGUUUCUAACCCUGCUCAAACUCCUGGCUCCUGAUCAUUUCAAUAUUAAUAAUAAUAACAGACCUCAUUGAGGGGAGCUCUGAACCCCCAGGACUGGGUGCAGCAGCAGCAGCAGCAGGGCUAGUGUGAGUUUGUAACCCUGCUCAAACUCCUGGCUCCUGAUCAUUUCAAUAUUAAUAAUAAUAACAGACCUCAUUGAGGGGAGCUCUGAACCCCCAGGACUGGGUGCAGCAGCAGCAGCAGCAGGGCUAGUGUGAGUUUGUAACCCUGCUCAAACUCCUGGCUCCUGAUCUUUUCAAUAUUAAUAAUAAUAACAGACUUCAUUGAGGGGAGCUCUGAACCCCCAGGACUGGGUGCAGCAGCAGCAGCAGCAGCAGCAGGGCUAGUGUGAGUUUGUAACCCUGCUCAAACUCCUGGCUCCUGAUCAUUUCGAUAUUAAUAAUAAUAACAGACUUCAUUGAGGGGAGCUCUGAACCCCAAGGACUGGGUGCAGCAGCAGCAGCAGCAGGGCUAGUGUGAGUUUGUAACCCUGCUCAAACUCCUGGCUCCUGAUCAUUUCAAUAUUAAUAAUAAUAACAGACUUCAUUGAGGGGAGCUCUGAACCCCAGGACUGGGUGCAGCAGCAGCAGCAGCAGGGCUAGUGUGAGUUUGUAACCCUGCUCAAACUCCUGGCUCCUGAUCAUUUCAAUAUUAAUAAUAUCUUUGAGGGGAGUUCUGAACUCCUACUUUGAACAUUUCUAAUUCAACCAAUGGUCCUUCAAAAUGACUGUGCCGGAUAUCCUUGGCGAUUUUAAACAAUUAUUAAUGCUUUAUUUGGAUGGGAACCUAAUGGGGGGGGGGGGGGGAAUUAUUUAAUAGAAUUCCACAGUGAAACCGGCUUAAUAUCAGUCCUGUUAAUAACCCAGUCUGUUUAUUCUACAUUGAAAUGUCCUGUGGGAAUUAUAGUGGGAGUCAAUGGGGCCUGAUCAUAUCCCUGAACACAUGUCUGGAUAUGAAGGUUUACAUUGAAGUGAGUUAUUGUGCAGGAUUGAGAAGUCCUGACUAGAAAGUACGGUCUAACCUACAGAACAAUGUUUACAGCUUUUCUGGAGUUUGAUUUCUUGCAACUCCGGCCAAAACUUUUGCAUCACGUAGAAUAAAAACUAUAUAAACUAUAAUUUCAGAUCUUUUAUGUAAUCAAAGAAACUACAACAUGAUCUUGCAAAAGUCUACCGGAAGCCAUAAUAGUAGUACAGUAUUUAAAGAUUUUGCUAAGUAUAUAAUAUAUAUAUAUAAACUACAAAGCGAUGUGUGAUUCAAUAUGUUAACGUAACAUUAUUCAGCAGGUUUCAUUCAAAUUUGUGAAGCAACAUUAGUUCAUUCUAUAGGGUGAUGCAAAACUUUUGGCCAGAGCUGUACAGUUUAACCAACACAUGAUCCGAACUUUUUUUUUUGAUAUUAGCAUGGUUGCUUCUACAAUACCAGGGUAAACUAAUGCCUUGUAUAACCAUGGGGGGGGAAAGCAUGGUGAAAAUGCAGAAAUAGUUUUUUUUUUAUAAGGGAACCUCUGUCAAAAAAUGAUCUCUUUUCUUUUGUUUAAUAUUGAGAGGUUCCCUCCAAACUAGACUGUCUGUCUGGGGGCCUGAGAAGUCAGUCUGUCCGUCCGUAGAAGGGAGUGAAGCCACUCCCAGAAAUAUUACCUGCUGUGGGCUUCCGUUCGUUAUAUAGAACUCAAAUGAGCAGCUUUGAAAUUGUCCCCCACCCCUGUUCUUUAAUUGGGUGUCUAAUGCUGUAAUAAACACGGUGACCACCGGGGGGCAGCGUUGUAACGCCUGUGUUAAUUCUGUUUUUUCUUUAUUUUUUCAUAUGUAACAUAGGCUGGAUCGGCCAAAAGCCAUCUAGUCUGUAUUAAGCUGUGUCACCCGAGUCCAGGAGCUGCUCUUCAGUUCUGGUUGCCAGCUGUAGUUAUAUGUAACACACGCUAGAUCAGCCACCUAAAAGAGCCAGCGCCAUCUAGUGGCUGAGCUUUUUUUUAUGCUGGCAAUACAGUGCUCUAGAUGGUGCUACUUAUAGAGAUGAAGAUAUAAAGAUCGCCUGAUCUAGCCUGUGUCACAUAUGUCUAGAAGAAUGUAUGUGGACUUGUGUGUGUGGAAGGUACACACGUAUGUUAAGAAGGAGGUUUCUGUGCUGUUGCAUCACGCCUGUACUUUCUGUGUACAGUUUGGUACAGAUCUGCCUAGUGAUGGAUUAAUAAAGGUCUAUGUUUUACAGUA